AUGGCAGCUACAAGAAUAGCAAUCCUUUAUGGAUCUGAAACCGGUACUGCACAGGAUUUCGCUAAUAUACUGUCCCACCAACUACGUCGUUUUCAUUACAAGCAUACGGUGUGCUCUAUUGGAGAAUAUAGUGCCCAGAAUAUCCUCGCAUGUCAGUACCUAUUUGUCAUUUGCUCGACCACCGGGCAGGGUGCGCUGCCGCAAAAUGCGCGGCAGUCUCCGCAGGGCAAAGUGGAAGGUACACUAUGGAGUGUGCUCAAAAGAAGCUCUCUCCCACCAACUCUGCUGGACCACCUACAAGUAGCUUUUCUGGGGCUUGGUGACUCUUCAUAUUCUAAAUUCAACUUUGCGAUCCGGAAGUUGCACAACCGAAUUGUGGGUCAGCUUGGCGCCAGAGAAAUCUUUCCGCGGCUUGAGGCGGAUGCGAUCGGGCUGGCAGGAAGUAACGCCGGUAAUGGCAACGGUAUAGAGCUCGUCUACUCUGAGUUUGAGAAACGGGUGUUGAGCUUUCUCAACGACCAGUUCCCGUUCAUGACAGUGAAUGGAGAGCAAGUUCCCCGCGAGCCAAUUGCGACUGAUAUCUACCUGAAGCCCGAGUAUUAUCUGGAGGCUUCCGGCAACGACAAGGGCACGGCAUCGGUGCCAUGUACAUUUGAAGGUGAUUCCAGUGUCAAGUAUGGCACUGUGGUAACGAACAAGCGCAUUACGGCGACCGAUCAUUUCCAAGAUGUUCGGCAGCUAGUCUUCAGCAGCCAAGAUGGGGAAAACUAUUACCCAGGUGACACCGUAAGCAUCUAUCCAUACAAUACCGAUGCAGACGUGCAGGCUUUCAUUGAUACCCAGCAGCAUUGGGCCUCCAUUGCUGACGUUCCCUUGCAGAUUAAAACCCCUACUAGUGCUAGAGGUAUAUGUGACGGCGGUCUUGUAUCGCCGUUAACUUUGCGGAACCUGCUGAAGUAUCACUGCGAUAUAGUAAGCAUCCCUAUGAGAAGCUUCUUCAUGAAAACAUGGACAUUUGCUGUUGACCAUGAGAGGUUGCCCGAUGGGAAGGAUCAGCUUCAGCAACAGCGGGAUAAACUGCGCGAAUUUGCUGAGAGCGAAGACAUGCAGGAUAUUUACGAUUAUUGCAAUAGGCCCAGAAGAUCAAUAUUGGAAGUUGUGCAAGAUUUCAUGUCUCUUCGUCUACCUUGGGAGUAUAUCCUGGACUAUUUGCCACACAUUAAACCUCGCUUCUUUUCUAUUUCAAGCCAACCUUGCAAUAAGGAUAUUGAAUUAACCAUUGCGAUAGUUCGCUAUAAAACUAUAUUGCGCAGGAUAAGAAGAGGACUUUGUACGAACUAUAUUUCGGAUCUUUCUGAGGGAAGCAUAAUCCGCUACAAGGUGCAAUAUAAUGAUCUUCUUCCUGCGGGUAAGCAGGAUCGGCCAGUCAUCAUGAUUUCACCAGGCGUUGGGCUAGCGCCGAUGAAGUGCCUCAUCUACGCCCAGCUCUUCAAUCCCAUGCUUUUAUUUUUUGGAAACCGCUACAAGGAUAAAGACUUUCUUUAUGCGGACACUCUUCAGAAGUGGGCUGAUGAGAAUCGCAUAAAGCUUUUCGUCUGCUUCUCUAGAAGUCCUGACGACUCACCAGGACUUAAGUAUGUCCAGGAUGCCGUUUGGGAGAAUGCAAGAGAAGUUGCCAGGUUAAUUACUGAGGAGAAUGCUGUUGUUUAUGUCUGCGGCUCUUCAGGGAAGAUGCCAGUCCAAGUUCGGCUGACGCUCUGUGAAGUCCUAAAAAAAUGGGGCAACUUCCCAGACGAUAAAGCAUCCGAGGAAUAUCUAAAAGAUAUGGAAAAUAGUGAUAGAUAUCUGCAGGAAACAUGGUGA